AUGGCUGACCAAGACGGGCCUCCCCCUCCUCGGCCGGCUCCAUGGUCACACCGACUGCCCACCGUCUCGGCUUCACAGGCUCUCCAGAGCCUCCACGCACGCGGCGCCCGCACGGUGCCGACGGGCCUCGGGCAGCUCGACAGGCUCCUCGCCCCUCGGAGCCUCCCGGGCCACGACGCGAGGGGUGGAUAUGCGCGAGGGAAGGUGACGGAGGUGUAUGGCCCUCCUGGCGUGGGCAAGACGUCGCUGCUCCUGCAGGCCGCCUCGAAUGCAUUGGACGAGGGCCAGCGGGUCUACUGGAUCGACGCUGCGUGUGCGCCCUUGGUCCCCCAGCGCCUCCAUGAGAUACGGCAACACGCGCACCCCAAUCACCCGUCCGAGCUCUCUCCACACCAGCUGCGGAGCCACUUCCACCACCUUGCCGCGCCAACGCUCGCCCACAUACUGGCCCUAUUCAUGCAUCCACCCCCGUCCUUCCCCCACCCGGGCGCGAGUCUGGUCGUGAUCGACUCGCUGUCCACCCUCAUCGACAACGCAUAUCCGCGCAACCCCGCUGAUCGCAUCAAGAACAAGACCGACCAGUCAAAGUGGGCAGCCGGCCGCCGCUACUCCGUCAUCAACGACUUGAUUGCCGCCUUCACCAACUUUGCUGCCCUGCACCACGUUGCCUUGCUCGUCACAUGCCAAACCAUCACCCGCAUCCGGGGUCCCUCGCGAGCGCUCCUGGUCCCCGCCAUUGCCGGCCUCGAGUGGGAGAACGGCAUCGCUACCCGCCUGCUUCUGUUCAGAGACUGGCUGCCACAGCAGCCAGCUCGACUGCAAAACGCCCGGUUCGCUGCUCUGGUCAAGCUGAAUGGCCUGACCCUUGCCGAUGAAGGUGGGGUCGGUAACGUGGUGCCGUUUGCCAUCGAAAGACAUGGUCUUCGCGACUUGGACUUCACGCUCGACCACACUGCAACCACCAUGGUGCUGCCCAUCCAGCCGAGACCGCCCAAGAGAACUUUCGAUGAGCUCGAUGAGAAUGUGUCCGAGGAACCAAACUCGGACCAGGCCUACGGCUGGAUUGAAGACGAUGGUCUCGCCGCCGACGGACUUUUGAUUCAGGAUCCGCCAACCAUGGACGGCCUUGAUGCACCACAAGAACCUGCCGCUGAAGGACGUAGCACAAAGGUAAUGCGAACCUCUACAGUAUGA